GGAAGUAUUAGAAGGCCCUUUGACCUUUCGGGAAGGCUGACUGUGCUUACCGAACCGCUGUGCUCGGUGUAAUGUGUCGAAGAUUGUUCUAUUUAACAUAAUCUCUUGACUAAUAUCUCAGUGGUUUCAUUCAGUGUAUCGGACAGAAAAUCAUGAGCACAAUGUUCGCGGACACCAUCCUCAUCGUGUUCAUCUCUGUCUGCACAGCACUGCUCGCCGAAGGUAUUACAUGGGUUUUGGUGUAUCGCACUGAGAAGUACAAGCGGCUGAAGGCAGAGGUCGAGAAGCAAAGCAAGAAACUUGAGAAGAAAAAGGAGACCAUCACAGAGUCUGCUGGACGUCAGCAGAAGAAAAAAAUUGAGAGACAAGAGGAGAAACUGAAGAACAACAAUCGAGACUUGUCCAUGGUUCGCAUGAAAUCAAUGUUCGCCAUCGGCUUCUGCUUCACUGCAUUGAUGGGCAUGUUCAACUCUAUCUUUGACGGAAGGGUCGUGGCCAAACUGCCCUUCACCCCCAUCUCCUACAUCCAAGGCCUGUCCCAUCGCAACCUUCUGGGGGAGGACUUCACCGACUGUUCCUUCAUCUUCCUCUACAUCCUCUGCACCAUGUCUAUCAGACAGAACAUUCAGAAGAUGCUGGGCCUGGCUCCAUCCAGAGCGGCCACCAAGCAGGCUGGCGGCUUCCUGGGACCUCCUCCCCAGGCGGCCAAGUUCUCAUAAACAACCAAAACGACAACAACAACAACGACAACAACAGCUGGCGGUUUUCACACGCUCCUCAAUACACGCGUGUCUUUGUCUCCGCCUCAGCGGUGACAAACUCUGUGCCGAGUGGAUCUCCCAGCCGGGUUAUAAUGCACUGCGUGGAAUUUAACCUUCACCCGGUGUCACUGGUCAUGUUCAUAUUUUUGGUCUAAUAACU